UGCUUAUACCUGCUGAUGGUGCUGCUGCGGGAAGAGAAAAAGAAACAGCGAAAAAUAUCGCGCGUACGCCGCGGUCGCGGACCGACCCAGCAGCCAAAGUCGAUAUACGUAAAUUUUGAGAGAGAAACCAAAACCAAAAGUGAGGAAGGUGUGAGAGUCGAGAAGAACCGAAAAAGUGUGUGCUGCAGAGCGCAGAUUGUGGACUUCGAGGACGUGGCGACGCAGAGCGGGUAAAGUUGUGGGAGGAAAGCGGUGACGGACGGACGAAACGAAACAGCAGCAGCGCUUAGCUUUACCAGCCUGGCAGAAGCGACGUUUGAAGUAGUGAGAGAACGUCAGCCGAACUGUCAGGUCGUGUGUGUAUUUUCGCUGCUGCCAGUGGAAGAAGCUCAUCGGAAAGAAAAAAAAAACGAGAGAAAAAAGUCCGUGAAAAGGAGUGGAAAAUUGAUAGGCCGUUUUUAAAGUUCUCGAUUCCAGUUUUAUUUUUCGGUGUUUCCGUGAAGUGCGGGGCUCCUGGCAGAACCUGCUGGGCUGGGUGGCGGAGCCACUCUUGCAAAUAAUAUUGGGUGUAAUGUGUUGUGCUAAAUCGCAGUAAAGUUCCGAAGGAAAAGAAAAAAUCAGUGGUUGAAAAUUUUGCGUUCGAUCGGCGGUCGGUGCUGCUGCGGUGGGAUUCCGGGGCCCCAAGCGGCCAUUCGUUUCGUGUGUGCGCGGUGGAGGUGCCGUACAUUGAAAAUAGACCACCGGAAUAUCUAACAACAAUGUCUGAUAAAGUGUCGAUAUCGCCAUCCAAAAGUCGGAGGCAAUUACGUGAGCGGAAGCAACGUAAGCUAUACUCGGACGAGUGGGCCCUAGGCGACGAUGACUACGAGGGAGCGCGUGGUUUCAGCGUUGCCGAGAAGCUGGAAUCGCCCCGUUUUGCGCAGUCCGGGAUGGUGCGCGAGAUGAAAGGCAGUGAUCUCUCCGUCGGCUUCCUCCAGCAGUACGGUUUCAACAUACCGCUGCUGUUCAAGGAGAAAACCGGCCUCGGACUGCAAGUGCCAUCACCCAACUUCACCAUCAACGACGUUCGGAUGUGCGUCGGAUCGCGCCGCGUUCUGGACGUGAUGGACGUCAAUACGCAGAAGAACGUGGAAAUGACCAUGAAAGAGUGGGAAAAGUAUUACGAAGACCAAACCAAGAAGAAACUGCUGAAUGUGAUUUCGCUGGAGUUCUCGCAUACAAAGCUGGAAAAUUACGUGCAAAGUCCGCACAUUGUGCGUCAGAUCGACUGGGUCGAUGUGGUGUGGCCGAAGCAGCUGAAGGAGUCGCAGGUUGAAGCGACCAAUGUGCUGAACGAAAUGAUGUACCCCAAAGUGCAAAAGUAUUGUCUGAUGUCGGUGAAGAAUUGCUACACGGAUUUCCACGUGGAUUUCGGUGGGACGUCAGUGUGGUAUCAUAUUCUGAAAGGAAGUAAAGUGUUUUGGUUGAUCCCACCGACGGAGAAGAACUUACAGUUGUACGAAAAGUGGGUCCUGUCCGGUAAGCAAUCGGAUGUGUUUUUCGGUGAUACGGUGGAAAAGUGCGCGAGGGUGUACCUGACGGCAGGUAAUACGUUCUUCAUUCCGACCGGGUGGAUUCAUGCCGUUUAUACGCCGACAGAUUCGCUAGUAUUCGGAGGAAACUUUCUCCACUCAUUCGGGAUCGUGAAGCAGCUGAAGAUUGCCCAAGUCGAGGACAACACGAAGGUACCGCAAAAGUUCCGGUAUCCAUUCUUCACGGAGAUGCUUUGGUAUGUGUUGGCCAAGUAUGUCUACACCCUGCUGGGGCACUCUCAUCUGGAAGGAGAACCAGGCCGGGAACCGGAACUGGUCGGGAAAAUACAUGUCCAUUUAACCCACUACGAACUGUUUGGACUGAAGGAAAUCGUCAUGUAUUUGUACGAUCUACCACCGCAGAAGAAAAACGUACCGGAUCUCAUCAAAGACCCGGUGGCUCUCAUCAAAGACGUAAGGACAUUGGUCGAACGCCACUGCAAAGACAAUCCUGAACAGGCAAUUACUGGAAUACCGGUGCUGCAUCCGGAUCUUAAUAAGAGUAAUAAUUCGUACCUGCGGGAGCGGUACGAAUACUAUGCUGGCGAGGGAGGUAUGAAGACUCCGAUUUCCCACGAGGAAGAAGGCGAAGGUUCUCAGCCCAGUCAGGAGGAGAAUACGCAGGAUAUGGUAACGACAGCACAACCUCACCCAGAAGAGCACCUGGCUUCACCGAUGGAGAGUUCUUCCUCCGGUCAACAUGUGCCAGUCGGACCGGAUGAGCACGCCAACAGCAAUGGAACGUUAAUGGCCGCACCGUCCAAUCAACAGCAACACGAUGAUGAUCGUAAUUUCGUGUCACCCCAGCCAACCCGCCCGGGAGGCGGAGCAAUUCGCGGUCCGUACAAAAAGAACAGUGGUCACGCCAGCAGUGGCGGUCGAUCCAGUGCGGAAAAACGUGAUGGCAACGGACCACGGCGGAGGCGAACUCGGUGCAAAAACUGUGAAGCCUGUCAACGGUCGGAUUGCGGCGAGUGUAGUUUCUGUUUGGAUAUGGUGAAGUUUGGAGGCCCAGGAAGAGCGAAACAGACCUGCAUGAUGCGCCAGUGUCUCCAACCGAUGCUACCGGUGACGGCCCAAUGCAUCCACUGUCAUCUGGACGGUUGGAGGCAAGCGCCGAUAACGGCACCGGCACAAGCAAAACUACAGGCACAAAUGCAGGAAGGCCCAUCGUCGCUGAUGGAGUGUUCAGUUUGCUACGAAAUUACCCAUCCGGACUGCGCCCAGCGCUUGGCCCCGGAGAUUAACGGAAUCGUGAAUGAGGAUCUGCCGAACAGCUGGGAGUGUCCCAGUUGCUGCAAGUCGGGAAAGAAUACCGACUAUCGGCCGCGUCACUUCCGAGCGCGUCAGAAGUCUUCGGAGAUCCGUCGAAUGUCCGUCAGCAGUGACGCUUCGUCGGUCCACAAUGCUGACAUCGGACGGAUAGGUGGUACAUCGGUGAUUCAGCAAACUGUGAGUAGUAACGUCACCGGCACUUCGGUGGGUGAUAUCCCAGUUGGUCCGCCGGUUGUUCCCCGAUUCCAAAAUGACAUGCUGUACGAUUUCGCGGUUUCUGGAAACGCGGUAAUUGUCGGUGGCAAUGGAGGAAACAUUCUGUUGGAGCGAAAACCGAAAAUUAAGGACGAGGAUGUGUCCAGUGGAUCGGAACAGGAUGGUCAGAAAAUGGGCAUGGGUGGCAUUUUGAUGCCGGCGAGCGCUCCGGUCAAAAUGGAGAUCAAGGAAGAACCGAUGGAAGCAGGUCACAGUAGUGGUGUGACGUUGAAGCGGGACGGCGAGGGAUCAACGGGUGGAGCACAUCCGGUCGGUGCAAUGGUAAUGACGAAACGGCGGAAGAGCGAUGACGGGAACAGUAUGUGUAGUAGCGUGCAGGAUUCCGUGGACAUAAGUGAACACAAUCACAGUAUACCGAGGAAGAAAUCAUCCUUGAGGACACAGCUGGCCCAUCAAAUUCAUAGUUCGUCGACAAAGACUAUGAAGAAGCCACUGUAUCCGGUGCGACCGGCACAUGUCCACACGCCCGUUCUGUCGCAACCGGGCAACUACGCACUGGAUCCGACUUGCCUGUUGGCAGUAUUCCGUUAUUUGCCACCGGAAACGCUGGUGACGUGUUCGUUGGUGUGCAAAACCUGGUCCAACAUCUCGGUGGACCCAGCACUGUGGAAACGUAUGAACUGUGCUGAGUACAAACUUACUGCUAGUCUACUUACGGCCAUUGUGCGCCGUCAACCUGAACACUUGAUCAUGGAUUGGAUUAGUUUAGGAAAGCGACAGGUUACCUGGCUUAUUUCCAGAAUCCCCGGUCUGAAGCAUUUAUCCCUCCAGGGAAUACCUAUUCAGGCGGUACUUGGCUUGCAUACCUGCAUGUGUCCUCCAUUGCAGAUUCUCGAUCUCAGCUUCGUAGCCGGACUCAAUGAUUCUGCCAUCCGGGAGAUUUUAUCCCCACCGAAGGACUCCCGUCCAGGUCUAGCCGAUUCCAAGUCAAGGCUGCGCAAUCUUAAAGUGCUCAAACUGGCCGGUACGGACAUUUCCGACGUUGCAGUACGUUACAUCACCCAAGGUCUACCCAGUCUCACGCAUCUGGAUCUGUCCUCCUGUCAGAGGAUAACCGAUGCCGGAAUAUACCAAAUCGGCACUGCUCCAGCAUCGGUGAAAACGCUGAUCGAGCUGGAUCUCAGCUGUUGUAAACUUAUUACGGAAAAUUCCCUCGGUUAUCUGACCAAGUGUGACGCCCUGACGCGACUCGAUCUGAGUCACGUGCCCCAAGUGACGACCCAAGCGGUCAUUAAGUUUGCAUCGACUUCGAAGAACGAGCUCCAGCUGCACGACAUCAAGCUGGUGGACAAACGGAAAACGUCUCAGUAGAAGAUGAGGUGGACGAUGACAACCGUUAAAGAAAAUACGCUUCUUACCGCGCUCGCUGCCAUCAUGUUUAGAAUUUAGUUGAGAGUUUGUGGAACCGCAAGCUGCAAUCACUCCUACAGCCUAACUCGCAGGUACAAUAACAAUGAUAUAUAGUGAGAUACGCGAACAAAAGAAGCGUGGAUGUACCUACAUGGUGAUUGUUGGCCGUGGAUCAAGAGUUUUGGCGAGGACCCUGUGAACUAGUGAUGAUUUCCCUCACAAUUUUUCUCUCAAUCACAAUUAUUGUGGAUUGUAUUAACGAUUAAGGAUACAAAGUUUAGAACUUAGAAUAGUGUGAACGCAAUAUAUGAACCGUAUGUGUAGUUGUGUGUCCGCGUGUUGUAUGGAAGAGAGAACAGUUUUUCUGUUUGUUUUUUUUUUAGAACAUAAGGUUUACGCCAGCGGCGUAGUGGAGGUGUGUUUGAAAAUUUUGGAAAGUAUUAUCAAAUAUAUAAAUAUAUUGAUUCGAGCUUUACAGCUGAAUUUAUCAGAUCUUCACUCGCCUCUGGUCUACACACAAACCGAAACCAAAGACUACGUUUUAAGUUGAUCGAGAGUUUAGUUUCCUCGUGUCGAUUCUAGGGAUUUAUGUUUUGUUUGCUGUAACGACGUGUGUAGCAAUAAUUAAGGAUUCGUUUAAUUUUGCUUUGACGUUUAAGGUUUAAGUGAAAGAUUUCUGUUUUUCCGCGAAAAACAAACACUUAUAAUAGUAGUAUUCGAGCAUUGAUGCUAGAAGUGUAGCAGCAGCUUUUGAAGCACAACAAGAGAGUAUGUGCGUGCGUGUUAAUGAUGCAUCGUAGUAGAGCAAACCCGUGGUACUUAUGGUGUAAGAUAAAUGCGUUUCGGCCAACCCUUCAAGAAAUGAUACCUUCUCUGCUAAUCCUUUAAGAAGAGUUGUCGUAAAUCUAUUUAUAUCCGUCGAUCAUUUUAUGUGUCCUCUUUUCCUUGCUUUCCUUCUCUAUGUCUGAUCUAGAAAACAGUCUUAGUAGCGAUUGUCGUUUGUUCUUCGUGAUUGAUUGUGAUGAUUGGUUAUUAUAGGUAUCCUUAUACGCGCAUAGAACCCGCUCAGUUACACGUUGUCUAGAGGAGGACUUUAUUCUAUUGGAACAUACAUAUAUUAGUGAGAAUCGCGUAGGAAUGCUUCAGUACGUUAGGUUAUGAUUAGGUUUACUCGUUGCGAUGAAAGGAGCCAUUUUUACAAAUACAAAACAUUACUUGUGACGAAUCUAUGCUAGACUUUCUAAAGUGUAGCACACGUAUUGUGACAGUGAGAACUUCCCGCGUUUAUACAGAAUAUUUAGUAGAAGAGAAACCUUAUGGUGAAUGCACAGAAAACACAAACACACACAUAUUACAAUACCUAUUCCUUUUAGGUAAAAGAAAACCGAUUAGAGAAUAGUUUAGCCCCAAGUAGAGAAUCACAAAACGAUGGAACUAAGCAUUAUGGAACAUAUGGAAAGGAAAACAUUCUGUGUAGUGUGUAGCGUAAUCCCUGGAGACACCUACCUAUACUAUUUGUAAAUAAAUUGAGAGAAUAAUA